UUUUCAUUUUUUUCUGUUAUAUUACGGAUCGACUUCCGGUGUUUGCUUAUUUCACAAUAUGAGAAAAAAGUUUAGAAAUAAAUGUAGAAAAGGUAAAGAGAGGAUUAACCCCUGCGCUAUAGGCACGGAACAGCGGAUACAGAAUGAUGUAACAAUUGGUGAUUUUGCGGACUCAUCUAAAGUACCCAAACAGGGGACAACUAGAGUGAAGAAAGCUAUUUUGUCCAUAUCAACUAGUAUUAAACACCAAAGAAAAGGCAUAGAGAUGGAUGUUGAUGACGUUAGCUGGUUUGAUAAAGACUUGGAUGAAUUUGACAUAAGUACUGAAGAAUCAGACAUAACAGAGAUAAAACCUGUAAGAACCCUGAAGAAAAGCAGGAAGAGGGACAAUGAUAUAGGGAGUCUAGUGUACCCAGUGGAUGUGUGGUUUACUCUGGCAGCAUAUAUUGAUCCAGAAGCUGUGGGCAAAUUUGCAGCUAUUUGUCGGGAUUCUUACCUUGUAACAAGGACAAGGCAAUUCUGGAAAAACCUUUAUACCAGAUUUUGUAUAGAUAAUACAGAUCUCCCUGAUCAACUUCAGUCAGAAUGCCUAGAGAGAGCCCAGGGACUAAGAUACAGGGUCAUCAGGGCAUUAUUUUGGACGUAUCCCCUCUUUGUGACAAGGACCACUACCAAUUUGCCAUUUGAAAAUGAACCAUAUCAUUUGAAAGGAAACAGAUGUUUAUAUACUUGGUUUGAACCAUUCAAAAAUGUCUGGAAUUUCUCUUUUAAGUUUAAAAAAGAGCGACUCUCACAUCUCAACAAAUUGACAACUCUAAAUAAAUCCUUACCGGGCAGGGUGAACUUGUACGAUGGCUAUUGUGAUGUGUAUGGUCAUGAAGAAAUUGAUUGUUAUGUAUUACAAGUGACGUGCCAAAAUUUCCAGAGAGUGUCGUCUGUGAUGGGACUUGUCUUGUGUAAUGUUUACCUGAAAGUGAGUCAGGAGAACCGCUUCUACUGUUUACGUCUUCAUUUUGAUUCCUCAAUGAAAGAGUCAACCAAUCAGAACAGAGACGUAGUGGGUGAUACUGUGAUUUUAUUGGACCGUGUAGUCAAUCUAAAAGUCUUCCCGUGGUGGCAUUCUAAGUAUCCCUUUUAGAAAGCUUUCAUUGAUUAUAAAGCUUUUCAAUUUAAAGUCAUGUUCAAAGUAAAUAAUAAGAUUUGGUUUUAAAAAUUAGAGAUGUAAAUUAUCAUUUAUAAACAAAGAUUUAAUUCCUGACUUGUUUGAUGAUAAUGUUUUUUCAGAAUUAAAGGUGAUGAAUGUCAUCUCCAUAAUUAUAUGUACAUGUAGGUGUUCCUAUACAUAUCAGUCAUUCUUAUGGAAAUUAUCUCAAAAGAAAGAUUUAAAAUGUAUCUAACUUGGGGUAUGAAUAAUUAAUUUGUAUUCUCGUCAUUGUUUUGAAAAAUCUGUGAUAUCUACCAGGGAUAAUGCUCUCAAGUUACUUCAUAUAUUUACGAUAAGGUUUACCUUGAAGUGAAGAUUUUGUUGGUGCUGAAAUACCAACAACAAAAAAAAGAAAUCAAGCAAAUUCUGGCAAUGCAUGUUGAUGUAUAUCCUCCACUUCAGUUCAGUAGGUGGAGUGGUUAAGAAAUUGUGUUGAAAUAAGGUGAUAUAUUGACAAUAAAUAUGGUUGAAAAUGU